AUGUCCGUGGUGGCGUUCUACAGGUGUUCCUGGUGCUACAGGGCUCUGCUGAACCUGUUGCUGACAGGUAAGGCCAGUCCAAAUGUCUUCAAUGGGACCCGGUCCUUCGGGGAGGACGGACGUCCUCUGGAGCACCCCCUGCAGGGCGUCCUGUCUCGAGCUGAUGUGGGGUAUUUACUGUGGAACCGAGAGCAGAUGGAGAGAGGAAGACUUCCACAGGUGGGCAGCAUGCUGAGGACUCCUCGGUUCCCCGUGUGGAUUUGUUGCAUCAACAGCAGUUUCUCGGUGUUGUUCAGUCUGAACUGCUCGCUGCUCUCUGAUUGGAGGAUGGAGCACCUGUUCCACCUGUUCUACUACAACGGACAGAGCUCCCAGAGGACCACAGCCAGACUGACUGUAGAUACUCACUCUCACCACUGGGAGGCGUCCUGCAGACGCUCGGACGGAGACCCGGAGACCAGGUUCCCCUCGCUGGAGAUGACCAUCAGGACCAAUUGGGACGGAGCCACUAUCGACUGGAGUGGCACCGUCCCCUUCUACUGA